CAAACAGAGAUUCGGAAGCUCAGUUUCAGUUGAGCAUUCGCGGCGAUAAGACGAAGACCCCGACUUCCCAGCAUUCUUAUUCAAUAUUGGAAGAAAUCUCAGAGGAGCGACAAUGAAGUGCCUUUCUUUGGUUCUGGUUGUAUUGGCCUGCCUAUUUGUGGCCUUUUCGGAGGCCAGCUACUGCCCUUGUGACCUGUCCCAGAAGGGCGAAAUUUGUGGCAGCAAUGGAGUUACCUACAAGAAUCGCUGCGAGUUCGAGUGCACUCAACGCGAGUACCGGAAACUGGGAAGAGCUCUAAACCUCAGAAAAUUGGGAAGAUGCAACACGGACUAAAACGGAAGCUCUUUAUUUAAAAUAUUAUAUUAAAAAUAUAAAAAAUAUUCCAAAUAUGAUAAAUAGUCACUGUGCUUUAAAAUAUUUAGAAACUAUUGUUUGAAUAAAUGGAAUCUAAUAAAA